AUGGGAGCUCAAAGGGGUUUUGUGCGGACGACUAGAGCUGGUGCUUGGAUUGCUCUCAAUCGGGAAAAUGUGGUGCGGCUUAUUGAGUUUGACGAUUUACUGUGGGGGUUGAAAAGGGAUUUGUCUGAGUUCAAAGUUGCGUACUCUAGUGCGGGUGGUCCUUUAGCGUUGUAUUCCGGGGAUGAUUUUCAUUCGAGUGAAGUUCAAAAUAUUAUUGGCUUGUAUAAUGCAAGAGGUGCACCUCAUCCUGUGAGGCCAAACAUACGUCUUGAUGGUAUAGAAAGUGUGUUCUUCAUGUGCUGGAAUGAGUGUAAAGAUCAUCUUGUCGUUCUCUUGAACACAGGCGAAGUACGAUUUUUUAAUUUGGCAGGAGAAACCGCCGCGCCAUCUAUCAACGUUCCUGUGCCUUUACUCUGUGCUAGUACAGGGAAUGGGAUUGGUUUAUUGGUUAAUGAUGUGGAACCUCAGUUAAUUCUAUUGGACUACCAUUUUACUGAGGAAUACAAGAAGAUUUCAUUGAAUCUUCCAAAGGUGUUUCAGAACCAAAAAGUUGCGGUAAUGUUGGCCAUUCCACAACAAUUUAGUGAUACUGGAUACACAGAGCUAUUUAUACCUUUUUUAUCAAAUGAUGGGGCUUCUAGCUUUUGGCAUUGUGCCUUUGCUAAUACUCCUCGUUGUUAUGAUCUUUGCCUAUCUAUAGAUGGAGGUAAUGUGGUUCAUAUGGCACUUUCUCCAAAUGGUCAAGCUGUCGCUUUUUUAGUUCAGAAUGGGACGCUUUACGUCACCUCACGUUCAUUUGAAGAUAUUACUCGUCUGAUCAACAUAGAACUAGAUGUUUUACCGGUUCAAUUUCUUUGGUGUGGAGAUAAAUGUAUUACAUACUUGCAUUUGGCUAGACAAUUUGAUGAAACCAUUGAGUCUGCAACAACAUUAACGUUGAUUAAUGUGGAUGACCCUGCUCAAUCGGAUUUUUUGAAUGAUAUUCCUCCUUCUCCCUAUUUAGUUUCCGAGUGUGAUGGUAUUCGGAUUUUUUCAGCUGACUCCUAUCAAUUUCUUCAGGUGGUUUCUGCCCCAAGUCGCCGUAUUUUUUCUGUGGGAUCUCGAGCUAAUUCUGCCAUGCUGUUACUCGCAUUUGAUGAAUUUAUGUGCGGUAGCACAAACUCUGUUAAGCUGAUUCGAGAUUUACAAGGAAAUUAUACGGAAAUGUCCGAAACAGUGAAUGAUUGUAUUGCAGCUGCUGGAUUUGAGCUGAGCAUCUCACAACAAAAACGUUUAAUGCGUGUAGCUGCUUUUGGAAAAUCAUUUUGUUCAAUGUACGAAUCUGAUUUCUUUGUAAAUAUGGUUCGAAGACUUCGUGUUUUGAAUGCAUUACGUAACAGUAAAGCAGGUAUGUUAAUGUCACAGGCACAACUUUUAUCUUUGGAGGGAGAUCGUUUAGCUGACAGACUUGUGCAAAUGGAUCAGCAUCAAUUGGCGUAUUGCGUAUGCGAUUAUUUAGGGUUUAGCACACGAAGAGUGAUGACGGAAUGGGCCUUGGCAAAGUUAACCAAACAUUCUUUAACUGUGGCGGAGGAAAAACAAUUGGCGCUUGAUGUAAUUGAAAAAUUGAAUGAGGUUAACCAAAAUUUACAUGCUGAAAUUGCUUACAAAGUAUAUCUAAAACAAAAAACACAUGCCGCAUUGUUGCUUUUAGAAGCUGAGAAGAUUGCUUCAGUGCAAAUACCGAAAUUAUUAGAGAUUAAGCAACCUGAGCUUGCUCUUCAGAAAGCUGUUAAAAGUGGAGAUGCAGAUCUAGUGUUUACAGCCAUGAUGUACCUUAUUUCGCAUCGGGGUACUGAGGUUAUUCCUCUACUAACGAGUGAUUCGACUACGGAAAAGAUUUUUCUUUUAUACAUCACUGUUUGUGAAGGAUAUCGAGAACUUUUUAUGGAGUAUCAUAAAACACACCCAGAGCACAAAACCUAUGUGAAUAUUCGACAUUACUUGAAGGAGGAGGAAGAACUGAAACGAUUACUCUUGGAGUCUGACUGUAAUUGGGAGACAUUGCAACAAAAAAAGCUCACAGCUCUUGAAAACGUUGCCAUUUCAGUUAAACGAGAAAUUUUCGCUAAUGCAGCUAAUACAGGUAUUGGAAGAAAUGUAUUUCCUUCCACUGGAGUAUUCAGUGGGGUUUCUCAAUAUUCUCAAUUAAAUGAGAAUAAAAUUCAUUUACAUAUGAAACUCCUGGAUGAACAGACAAAACUGAUGAAGGUAUACAAUGAUAAACGUUUUCUAAACGCGUCAGUCAUGAAAACGAUAUCUCUAUGCUAUGAACAUGGUUGUGAUGGGGUGGCAGGGCGUCUAAAAAGAGAAUUUGGUGUGUCUGACAAGAUGUAUUGUUGGUGCAGGUUGAAUGCAUACACGACGAUGUCGCAAUGGGGACUUAUUGACCAUCUUGGUGACGUCAGAAGUAAAAUCAAGCCAGUGAUUGGAGCUCCCGCUUUUAUUAAUACACUACUUGCUUGUGGGCGCCCAGAACAAGCCAAGAAAUAUAUACCCAAGAUCUCUCAAAUUGAACAACGAAUGGAAUAUUAUGUAUUGUGCGGUGAUUGGGAAGAAGCUGGGGCAGAUUGUCGUCGUAAUGGGGAUCAGGAUCUACUUUCUCAGCUGAAGGAACGGGUGAAAGGAAACGCUUCCGCAACGCAACGUAUUGACAAGGGGUGGAACUCUGUCACAGAGUCGGGAGCAUUAAAGCUGGCCAAGUUUUUUGCUUAG